AUGUCUGCGCUGCAGUGGGUGCAAGGAGAGUCCUUCAACGACACUCUCGCGAUCGCGGUUUUUUUCAAAUUAACGAUAAUUAUCAUUCAUCCAGUAUUUAAAGAACCCGUACGAAUUCAAUUUGAUUCAAAAAAUAAAAACCAAUUAAUUUAUUCGACGAUCGAGUCUUCGAGAAUUUUCCCAGAGUAGAUAACUUUUCACUCAUUUUUUGCGAGUGAACUAAAGUAUAUUUUGUGUAUGCGAGUAAAUUCAAGUAUAACUAUCGAUUUUCUGUUGAUCUGGUUGAAAAUAUUGUUCAUUAAGAGAAUUCUCAAGGCUGGUGCCUGUUAAAACAUGAUGGAAUGGGAUUGGAGGGCAAGGAAAUUGAGAAAUUUCACGACUUGCAGUGUGGAUUAAUACUCCUGGGAGAAGAUGUGAAAGUUUCAAUCGACCGAAUCUGCACAUUUACCAUCCGACCGCACCUUUUCUUCCUUCUCGUCGUCGCAGUUGUGACAUUCAAACGUUGCUCUCUACUUGCAGAUGAUCAACGUCAUUUAUUCAGAUUGUCUGACACUCCAGUACACGGAGAAGUUCUUGCGGUCGUCGGUCCAGUUCCAACAAGAUUGGCUACUCGAGCACAGGAAAAUGGAGAAAGUCUUCCACAUACCGAUUGUGGGAUCGAUUCGGUACAUUGUAGAACUUUUUCCGUUGUUGAGGAUUUUCGGACAGAGAGAAAUCAAUUGAUUCGCAGCUACGAAUCCAAAAAGUCUGGAAGUCGAAAAAGCAAAGAAGGUGUAUAUUAGUCCUUUUCUGAGAAAAACCAACAUUUUCAGUGAAUUCGAUGCCUUUAUCCCGCGACGAGCUCCUGAAGUUUUCGCCUCUCAUCAAAGUUCAUCUUGUCCCCUUCUGGUAUUUUCUAAAACUUUUAGUUUCGGUUCUUUCGAAGCUUUACAAAUCUCUUUGCUGUUGUAAAAAAAGCUUUUAAAUGUCUUCUUACAAAACUUUUUUUGAGGAGAGCUGUAUCAGAAAAAUUCAUUGAAGAAACUUGAAAAUGCUGGCUUAUUUAUAUUGCCUCAGGAUUAAUACUAGGAAUUAUCUAAUAUUCAAAAAAUCCUAACUAUGUUUUGAAUCAUAUUCGUGGAGAAUUCACAAAAAGCAAACUAUUGGCAGGUUCAGUCUUCGAAAAGUGCCCGGGCCGCCCGGCCGAUGCACAAGACUGGGCAGGUCCUCGGAUUUGGAGCGUGGAGCGCGUGUACUAGAAUAAGCGCUAUCUUGAGGCGAAAAUGUCAAAAAUGUCAAAAAUUUAUUUUUUUAUUUUCAUUCUUCUGAAUACUCGUGUUAAAAGACCCGUAAAUUAUUUUCUCAAAAAAGUUGGGAAAUAUCCACAUGACAUGUCUUUGGACAUUUUUCAUUGAUAUAAAAAUCAUUAUUGAUUAUUUUUGAUUGAGAAGCAUUAUUGAUAUAGAAGUCACAUCGAAACAGAUUUUUCCUCUUUUCGAAGUGAAAUUUUGAACUUGCGAAGCAAAAAUUAAAGAUAAGAAUAGUAUCGAAAGGGAAAUUAUGUUGACUAUAUGGUUUCAUAGAUUAGCACUUCUAACAUGGGAGGUCAUUUUAGCGUAGGGUUCAGAAUUUUUUCUAAAUUCGCUCAAACAAUCUUUGAUGGACUGGGAAUCGAUCCCCCAUAGUCGCUAUAGCGAGUAUACCUGCACAAACUUUUUGUUUUGGAGCUAUGAUUUUUCAAAGUUUUUAUCCUUAACCAUGUGACGCCGUUUGGAAGGAAUGUGGCCGCGCCACCAACCACUGCAUGACAGCUAGGAGCGUGGUGCAGUGGCUAGCGUGUUAGCCUGCGGAGCCUAUUAUGAAGUUUCGAAUCCUUUUGCCGCUAACUUUUUUUGCCAUUAUUUUUUUUAAAGAGUUCUGAUGAGAAUAUUAGAAUUUCAUGAGUAAAACCUUUCCAAAUAAGUUCGAUAACUAUUUUCUUUCUAAAAUCGCUUUUUUAUGGACAAUAGUUAUGGAAACUUUCUGAAGUUGUGGCGGACUUCACAUCAUCAGAGAAUUUUCCCAAAAACAUUUUGCUCAAAAUAUUUUUAGAUUCCUGAAAAUUUGAAAAAAUCUGGAUUACGAUGGAAAUGGGGUUUGGAAAUUUUUUUUUCGAUAAAACUCGGAUGACAGGUAAGUUUUCAUAUUCUGUAAAGAUGUUUCUUCAGAAGAGUAAGGCAGAAAUUGGCUAUUGAAAUAUUGAAAAGCCACUGUUAUUUAUCACAACCAAGACAUGCGAAGAUCUUCGAUGAAGGUUCAGCGCUUUUCUGAAACAUUUUUCGCUGAUUUUCAAAAAAAUAGUCUCUGAUGAUGUGGAGUCUGCCACAACUUUGGAAAUUUUUCAUAAUUUUUGUCCAUCAAAAAAAAAGCGAUUUUAGAAAGAAAAUAGCUAUCGAACUUAUUUGGAAAGGUUUUACUCAUGAAAUUUUAAUAUUCUUAUCAGAAUUCUUUAAAAGAAUAAUGGCAAAAAAAGUUAGCGGCAAAAGGAUUUGAACCUUCAUCAUGGGCUCCGCAGGCUGACACGCUUGCCACUGCACCACGCUCCUAGCUGUCAUGCAGUGGUUGGUGGCGCGGCCACAUUCCUUCCAAACAGCGUCACAUGGUUAAGGAUAAAAUCUUUGAAAAAUCGUAUCUCCAAAACAAAAAGUUUGUGCAGAUAGCGACUAUGGGGGAUCGAUUCCCAGUCCAUCAAAGAUUGUUUGAGCGAAUUUAGAAAAAAUUCUGAACCCUACGCUAAAAUGACCUCCCAUGUAAGGAACUUUCAACGGAGUCUGAGAAGAGUAGUUGAGUGUUCUGGUGCUGUCGAUGUGUAUGACGAUGGCGGCGCUGUCCGUCGGACUGGGCAUGCGUUUUUCGAACCCCGUCGCCACGUGGCACUACAACAACGGCGGCUUCGAGCUUCUCGUCAGCACUCUGGAGGCUCACGCCUACCAGUUUGCCAACACAGGUACGUCGAUUCCAGACGAAGAAGGCUUUUUGAAAUUUUUUCCUUCAAAAGUUAGCUUUAGCUAUCAAGUUCAAUGAGCAGUCCAGCUAAUACUUUGGAUGAUGGUAUAUUUAAUAUUAGGCUUACUUAUUUGGAAAAUUUUCAAAAAAGUAUGCCUCUACAAUUACUAAAAAGCAAGGCAAUUUCGUUUUGCGCCUAGGAUUUUCUGAAAAUUGGCCAGAACAACGAUCGAUGUAUCAAGAAGCAUCUUAAAAGGUUCAACCGGCCCAGCUUCUUCGCUUUUGAGAAAGGAAACUUCAAAGUCAAAGAAAACUUUUAAAACCUGUGAAAAUAAGCUAUUUGGGGUCUUUGAGUCCUUAUUCCUAAAGAACUAGGAAAAUUGCAGGCCAAAACUUUCAGAAUCUAUUUUUGAUACAUCAAAGAACAUUCUGUUCCAUUAAAAUGAUCUUCCUUGUCGGUUUUAGCUUUUUCAACACUUUUUAAAUUCAAAUCUCGCUUCUAAAACCAAAGUGAGGCUUUUUCAAAAGUUUUUGUGAUAUUUCUUUUUUUCUCACUCCAGAAAAUAGUUAGUAAUAGCAACCUAAUAUUAAAAAGUUGGCAAGCCUUGAUUUCUGAAAUUUCCUAUUUACGAAGUUUUUUUCAAACUAGCAAGCUCACGAACUUGUUGUAGGCUUGUAGGGCAAAACUUGAGGUGUUAAGUCUCAAUUUUUUUCAAUGAACUUUUUCGGUCUCUAUUCUCUUUCUGGUUUAGUAUCACAAAACAUAAUCAAAGUUUCAGAAAUUUCUUCCAACAGAACUUUUUCUCAUUGUUGUAUGUGACGAAAGUUUGUGAAGAAGAUAACUCGACAAUUUUUUAUGUUCCUCUAUACUGUAUAUAUACUAUUCACCAUCAUAAACUGUUGUGAGAUUCAAAAUAUCGAGCACCAGUUUUGUAAAAAAAAAGCCUCAGUUCCGUGACAAGUUCGAAAAACUUCGAGGACGAAAAAAGCUGCUAUCGAAACCAGAGGAUUGUAGUGGAGAUGAGGAGGUGCGAAGGGUCCCCCAACAAAGUGCUCGAGUCGUUCGGAAGGGCGACAUCGCUGGCACCGCUCUUUUUCACCUCGACGUUGACCGUCGCCUCAGUGUUCGUCGUUGAUCUCCUUUCUCACAUCGUGAGCUUAAGCAUCUCCGACGUGGUCAUUUCCGUCGCGACGUACGCCAUCCUUCUUCUCAUUCUGUUCGAAGGCGUUCUUGGAUCUUUCGCCGACGUCAAAUCCCCUUCAUCUGGUAAUUUUCGAAUUUUCGAAGUUCUCUCAAGAGGUCUUGUGCUUGGAAACUACAAGUUCCAAAAAAGCUAUUCUUAGAAGCUUAAAUUAAAUUUUAAACCAACAUACUUUCGUCUUCCAGGUGCGCAUUUCAUCAUGUAUUACAGUACGGUUCGCUACAUCUAUCUGUUUAUCAUUUAUUCUUUUCUUCUUUUUGCUGUUUUGUCUUUUGAAAGGCUUCAAAUAUGUUGA